AGCACCGUCACUAUCAGAGACAUAAAAGUCAUCCUGACCGAGCCGGACGGCAUACGUCUGGUCAUCGUCAAGGUGGAGACAAGCGAGCCCGGGCCUCUACGGGGUCGGAUGCGCCACCUUCACGCAGCGACCCUGCCGGUCAAGGUGGCGGUGGAGAAUUAUCUGCGCCCGUUUCUGAUCGGUCGGAACGUGAGCGACAUCGAGGACAUCUGGCAAUCGAGCUACGUCAGUUCGUACUGGCGCAACGGCGGCGUCCUCAACAACGCGCUGAGCGGGGUGGACCAGGCCCUGUGGGACAUCAAGGGCAAGAUGGCCGGUAUGCCGGUGUACGACCUCCUGGGAGGCCGUGCGCGGGAAGCCGCCGCGGUCUACGUGCACGCAAGCGGCCGAGAACCAGCCGAGGUGGCGGACAAGGUGAGCGCCUUCAUGGACCAGGGAUUCCAUCACAUCCGCGUCCAGGUCGACACGCCCGGCUACGCGACGUACGGCACAAAGGGCCUGGAGAAAAAGGCCGAAACCGGUGCGGCGGCCGGCGGGGGGCCUCGCCAGCGUUCGUUCGUGGAUCACGCCGACCUCGAACUGGCGGCCGCCAAGGUCGGAGCGGUGCGAGAGGCGGUCGGACCGCGCGUCGAGAUACUCGUCGAGGUCCACCGGCGUCUAUCGCCCAUCGAGGCGAUCAUGGUCGGCCGCAUGAUCGAGAAGUACCGGCCCUACUGGUUCGAGGAGCCGUGUCCGCCGGAGAACAUCAGGGGCAUCGCCGAGGUCAAGAACGCCCUCAACAUUCCGGUAACGAUCGGCGAGGCGAUCUACGGGCGGCGCGGCUUCGUCGAGGUGUUCGAACGACGGGCGGCCGACUACCUCAACCCAGACAUCUCGAACACGGGCGGGAUACUGGAGAUCGUGCAGAUCGCCGCCAUGGCCGAGGCGUACGACAUGGGCAUUUCGCCACACGGCGCCAACCCGCUCAGUCCGGUCAGCACUGCGGCCUGCUUGCAGAUUGCCGCCUCCGUGCCGAACUUCUCACUGCAGGAGUACCCGACGGGCGAGGACGUGCCGCCGAAGAGCGACAUGGUCACCGGCACGCCGGUGCACGAUGGCAACGGCUACCUGAUUAUCUCCGACGAGCCGGGAAUCGGUGUCGAGCUAAAGCCCGACGCGCGAGAGAAGGUUCCCUUCACGCCCCGCGAGAUCAAUACGAGGCUGCACGCCGACGGAUCGGUCAUAGACCAGUAA